AUGUCCGGCAGGGCCGGUGGCCGCUGUCCUGCUGGUUCAGUCGCUGGCCGCAGCCGGUCUAGCAGCCACAUUGGGCCGCGUGGCUGCUCCUUUUCAGGGUACACCCAGCCUGGUGACAUCCAUGCUGCCUUUGACAUCCCCAAAGGAGUUGAUGCGGAAGAAUGGCUUCGGAUGAGGGAACGCAAGGCGAUAAACGAAAUCCUGUACUCAGACAUUCCAUCGGUCAAGGAGAUCGGCACCAUGAAGAACAUCGAUACGCUCAAUGCUGCUGAGCAUGACCUCCUCGCCGUCGCUCUAGGGGCUCCCGCCCGCCAAGUGAUGAUUAGAGCCGAGGAAAUAGGCCCAAGGACGGGCUGGAAAGAUGGAUAUCUUAGUUCCGAGCACGGCUUCUGUCCGCCGGACUACAACGAGGCCCCCGCAGCGCUCGCCAACUCGCCGGGGAGGAUAUGGUCCGAUCUAUGCGAGCGAAUGCCCGGUUGUGUCGCCAGGGGCAGAAUCCGGGAGUCCGUUGUCGCCCUACCGCUCGUCCAGGGAACCGAGGACGUCAUCCCUGACCAGGCACUAUGGGCUGCCGUUGUCGCCCUGGGUAUGCUCUGUUCGAUAUACAGAUACGAGGACAAGAAUGACGGCCACGAAGGCGUGACGGUGAACGCCACCAAGUACCGGCCGAACUGUGACAUGGGCGACGACCUCGGCGCCGAGCUUGUGGGGAUCCCACGAUGCAUUGCUCUGCCAUACUGGCAGGUCUCGAGACGUCUCGGCCGCUCCAUCCCUCAUCUGACCUUCUUCGACCAAUCUUCCUUCAACAUGAAGAUAAAGGACGUUAACAAUUCAUACCCGUAUCUUGGCAGGUUCGACAACAUGGGGAUGCGCUGGCCCGUCUUUGGAGAGAGGACGGAAAUUGCCUUUCAGAAAGGUUGCGCAGAGACCUCAGCAUCGUUCCAGCACGGCGCCGAUGCCAUUGCCGCCUGCCAGGAACACGUCAUGAACCGAAACAUCGAAGGCCUCCUCCGCGAGAUGGUCCGACUUAAGGAGAUCCUCGAGCGCAUGCCCAAUGCGUUCCAUUCCAUCAACACGAAUCCCAACUCUGGCGAGAACUACGUUCCCGGCCACCAAUGGCGAUGCCCUGCCUCUUCCGGCUUGCAAUUCCCGCCUUUCCUCGUCAUGGAUGCCUUCCUGGGGCGGAAAAAGUACGACUCUUUCCUUGGGCGAGAAGGCCUCCAUCUGCGGGCCUGGCUGCCAUCGAACCUCAGAGCCUUUAUCGCCGCUAUCGAAUACCACUACAGCAUCCCCGAGUUCGUCAAAAAGUCGGGCGACCCGAGGUUGAUGGGAGUCCUCGAUGGUAUUGUUGAGGCGUACACGGGCGAGCGUGGCUUCAUGGGCACCCAUCGGUACAAAGUCUUUGGUCUUCUUGAAAUCGCGAGCAAGACGGGCCGGACCGAGACCAACGGCCUGUCUGGAGCCCCCGACGCCAAUGCCAAGCCCUGGGAAGAGACACACAAGCAGUUCUCCGAGGCCAUGAAGGAGCGCCUCGAACCCUACCGUGGUGACAUCGACAUUGAACCGCACAAAAUGCGGGGCACCUUCGAAGAGUGCCGUUACAAGUCUCGGGUCCUCGGCCGUUCUUUUGUUGAUGGGGACCCGGCCAGGUCCAUUGCCAUGGUUACUCUCGACCUCCAGGAAACGGGGAUAACGUAUCAGCCGGGCGACAGGCUGGCUCUGAUGCCUCUGAAUAGUUGGAACGAAAUCGCCAAGGUCGCCGCUGCUCUAGGUCUCGGCGGUUACCUCGACUACCGGGUCACCUUGAACACACAAUGGCAGCGUUUUGCCCGGCAUCUGGGGUCUGUUCGACAUACUUCUACCCCCCAGCUCACGGUGAAGGACAUCUUGAGGCGCGGCCAUCUAGCACCCAUCACGCAAGAGUUGGCGCUCAAAGUCCACGAUUUGCUCCGAGCCUCGUCCAACACGGUCCUCCAAGUCUUGGCUACCACCGAGUGGCCGGUUCGCGGAACUCUAGGGGAUCUUCUGCAGGCUGCUGUCACCGACACAACCCCUCAUAUUUGGGACAGGGCGUUCGACCUCACCGGUGACCUGUCCUGGCUUACUGAUUUGAUACCCGUCGAGGUGCCGAGGACGUACUCCAUCUCCAACCACUCCGAGGAGCUCCUUCCUUCCACCGUUGACUUGACCGUCUCCCGAGCCGAGUACAACCUGUGCUCAACAUUUGCUGGCAAUAGCGAAGUGACGUGCGCUGGUGUGGGGAGUGGCUUCCUGAACCCUUCCUUGUCAUCGAAUGAUGAGCUCAUCGAGACGGACGAGGACAUCCUCAUCGGUAUCUCUCGGCCUCUGAACUUUCAGCUCCCCAUUGAGAGGGCGGCGCCAUGCGCAUACUUCGCCGGAGGAUCUGGCAUUGCGCCGUUUAGGAGUUUCUGGCAGGCUCGCCUUGCUUCUCAGAACAAUGCUGCCAGCCGAGACAUCCUCUAUCUAGGCGUGCAGAACCGUGAGAAGUUCUGUUACGAGCAGGAGCUGCGCGAGUACGUCGAGGCUGGUCUCAUGGAGGUCCACCUCGCCUUCUCUCGUGACUCGCGUGGCCUUGUGUAUGACGGUAGAUCCCGAGAUCUCGUCGAGAAGGAAAUGCCUCCUCGAUACAUUGACGCCCUUAUCGUGGAGCAGGCCGCCACAGUCGCGGAGCUCAUCAUGUCCAAGAAGCAGGGCGGACUCGGCGGUUAUCUCUAUGUCUGCGGUUCCGUUUCCGUCUUCGACUCUGUCAUGAGUGGUGCGCGGAGAGCCAUCUAUAACCACUGCAGCUCGAGCAUGGAGGCUGCCGAUAUGAUUCUUCACAAGGCGUUUGCCGAGCGCCGGUUCAUGCUCGACAUCUUCAUGACGCCGAAGCCCCUGCCUUGCAACCUCGCUACGAUCCCUCUUUCGCAGUUGUCGCGCCAUACCGGUCACCGCGCUGGGGGCCGAAUGUGGAUUGCCGUACAUGGCAGCGUCUACGAUGUCACCGACUUCGUCCCCUUCCAUCCCGGCGGGACCACCAUUAUCCAGAGCAAUGCGGGCGUGGAUUGUACAACGACAUUUGACAAUCUUGCUCACACCAACAACCCGGAAGUCAGCAGUCUGCUCACCAAGUACUUUGUGGGGCAGCUGACUCCCAAGCCGGAUUUCCAUGGCUCUUCGGAACUCGCCGACUUGUAUGACCUAUGGGCCGCGUACCUGCGAACUACAGUCGAGACCCUGGUGGCACAUAGGUUCGAAAUGUACGAGAUCAUGGGUGCUAGCAACGACGAGAAUGUCUGGUCACGCGAGAACCUUGUGAACAUCGGCCUUGGAGUUCGCAUGUUCUACGACUACCAAUCUCGCCUGCUCCAAGGUGGCUUCUCGGCCCUAUUUGGUGCCAAGCUCCAAGAACUGGUGCUCAAGCUAUCCUUCUCGCUCGCCGAUGCGGCAGCUUCCGGGACUGACAUGCGUCUACCAGACGUGCUUGGCAUCAUCGCCCGAGCCAAGACGUCACAGGACGCAGUGGCAACGUCUCAAGAGGUCGCUCUUGUGGGCGAGUUUGUCUGCGAAAGCAGCAGCAACAUCCGCUUCGCAGAGCGCGGCAUCUUCCAUUACGCGGCGAAGAGCGUCGAGCUCGACAUUGAGCUGCUGGAGGACAUCCGUGAAGAGGCUUGCCGCGGUAUGGAUGCCUUUGACAGCAUCGGCGCCAUGGACCGAAACAACGGCAGCCAGAGCCUCGCCAUGCUUGCGACGGCCCUCAUGCAAAUCCUGGAGCGGAUGGCAAAGCGUCUCGAAGUCUUCUACUCCAAGGUGUCCAAACUCAAGGUCUACCAGCCAGAGCUGGAGCGCAGCCCGGCCAGGGCACGCUGGAACCUGGUGCGGACCAAGAUCCGCGACGGCUCCUUCUUCAUCCUCAGCCAAGAGACCAUCCUCGGUGCCGCGCCAGCUUUUGUGCCCUCACACAAUCGCAAUGCCGACGUCGACUUCGACGACGUGAUCGGCCGCAUCCAAGCAAGCCUCCGCAGCGCCCCCAAGAUCAGCCCGGCACCACAAACACUCAACGCAAUGCACCUCGCUAGAGCGGGCACGCGGCCACCGGCCGAAACAAACGCCAUGGCCGCGCACGACAACAAGACAGCCAUGCGCGCCAUGUCCACCUUCAUCGACGCCAACAUGCGCUCCAUCCGCCGGCUCAGCAAGAUGCCGCCCGUCCCGCCGACGUUUGAACAGCUCCAGCUGCAAUUCGAGGGCGGCAACAACAACAACAACAACAACAACAACAACAACAACCGGGCGGGCCGACCGCCCACGCCGCCUCUCACCCACACCACACCAUCGCGUGCGAACUCUAUAGAGCGCAUGAUGAUGGCAGCAGCAUCCUCCCAGAACGGACGCGCCCUCAACAGCAGGGCGACCACCCCUAGCGUCUACUACGGCAGCCAGUUCCCCGGCGGAGGAGGCCAUGAUCAUGGGGGCCACGGCACAGGCGUGGGAAAUGGAAUGUAUAUGCGAUCCCCGCCGACUCCGCCCCUCGACCCUGCUGCGGUCAUGACCGCUAUGAUGAGCAAGCUGAAUGUGCGGUCGAGGGGGGGCUCGGUGCCGCCGCCGUCGCCUGCCGUGUCGCGGAGCGCGAGCGUGAGGUCGCUGCCGCAUGGUGGCGGCGGUGGUGGUGGUGGUGGUGGGCCGGGUGGUAAUAGGGGCAAUGGUCAUGGGACGAAGCUGUCGACGACUUCGUUGCGGGCUUUUAGACUGGGGAGUGGCGAGAGGGGGGGGGUGAGGGUUGCUCCUACUUUUUAG